CCUCGUGCGUCACAGCUGUUACGUACAGUGCGUGCGUGCGUGCGUGCGGUGACGUGAGUUUGAAUCCUCCGCUCGCUGCGCGCGCGCUCCCGCCAGUGCCGUCGGUGAGGGAGGAACGCAGAGCCCGAGGAGCGAAACUGUAACUGGCCAUGACGACAGAUCCAGGCUCGGAAUCGGAGCAGCCGCGCACAGAAUCCAAACCGCAGCAGACAGACGACACACAGCGACCGGCAUCAGGACACAACGGCCCGGGUCAGUCAGAGGUCAGAUCAGCUGGUCAGCAGCAGCACGAAGACGACUACAUUUCCCAGAAGUCUUUGAGCAGCAGACUCUCCUGGUCAGCGAUAGGCAGGACUCAGCGACUGAAGGUCAUGGAGUGUAAGGUCAAACUGCUGGAUGGCACAGACUACACCUGCACCGUGGAGAAAAGAGCGAAUGGUCAGGUUCUGUUCAAUAAGGUUUGUGAUCACCUUAAUCUCCUGGAGAAGGACUAUUUUGGCAUUACGUUCCGGGAUGCUGAAAACCAGAAGAGCUGGCUGGACGCUUCCAAAGAGAUGAAGAAGCAGAUCAGCACUGGUCCCUGGAGCUUUGCCUUCAGCGUGAAGUUUUAUCCUCCCGAUCCGGCGCAGCUCUCUGAGGACAUCACCAGGUAUUACCUGUGUCUGCAGCUGAGGGACGACGUGGUUUCUGGGCGUUUGCCGUGUUCUUUCGCCACUCACACGGUGUUGGGCUCCUACACGGUUCAGUCGGAGCUGGGCGACUAUGAUGCUGAGCUGCAGGGGUCCAGUUACAUCAGCGACCUGCGUUUGGCCCCGAACCAGACCAAAGAGCUGGAGGAGAAAGUGCUGGAGCUUCACCGCGGCUACAAAGGAAUGACUCCCGCUGAAGCUGACAUGCUGUUCCUGGAAAACGCAAAGAAACUCUCCAUGUACGGAGUCGACCUGCAUCGUGCCAAGGAUUCGGAGGCUGUGGAGAUCAUGCUGGGAGUUUGUUCCAGCGGCCUCCUCAUCUACAGAGAUAAACUGCGCAUCAAUCGCUUCGCCUGGCCCAAAAUACUCAAGAUCUCCUACAAGAGGAACAACUUCUACAUCAAGGUCCGGCCGGGAGAGCUGGAACAGUUCGAGAGCACCAUCGGAUUCAAGCUCCCCAAUCACAAAGCAGCAAAGAGACUCUGGAAAGUUUGUGUGGAGCAUCACACCUUCUUCAGGCUGGUUUCUCCUGAAGCUCCUCCCAAGCGCUUCCUGUCGUUGGGCUCAAAGUUCCGUUACAGCGGACGAACGCAAGCACAGACACGUCGCGCAAGCUCUCAGAUCGCUCGCGCCGCACCGCAGUUCCAGCGACGACACACUGUCACAGCCAGCAUGGACAGCAUGACGGUUAACCAUGACGACGGGAAGAACGCCAAACCUGCUGUCGCUACAGAUGACCUCAUCGCCACGGAAACGCCGGAGAAGAAAGCAGAGGAGAUGAACUCAGUGGAGGAGGAGAAUAAAACCAACAGCGACGAAUCAGAACAAGCCCCGCCCACCUCCGUCACCAAGUCGUGUCCGUACUCCUCGGAUCCGUUGGGAUCUGAGCUCUCCCUCCCGUCUUCUCCCGUCUCGUCCACUAAAGUGCGCAGGAGACGCAGGGAAAGCAGCCGCAAGCGCGCCGCCUCCGUCAGUCCGGCCAAAACCACGGCGGGCUGCCGGCGCCGUCAGGCCCAAGCGGACCGUAAAGCGGCUCUGCUGGAGGAACAAGCGCUGCUUCUGUCCGCUCGCAAGCAGAGACUGAACCAGAGGCGAGGAGGAACGCUGUUCUCCUUCUCGCUGCACCUGCCCGAUCUGCCCUCACUGCUGGAUGAGGACGGUUACCUGAGCUUCCCCGACCUCACCGAGCUGCGCUUUCUGCCCGAGAGCCUGCAUCACUUCAUGCCCAUCAAAUCCCCCUCGCUCAUCCCCUGCUUCCUCUUCAUCUUCUUCUUCUUGCUCUCCACCUCGUUCUCGGUGCCGUACGCCCUCACGCUCUCCUUCCCGCUGGCGCUGUGUCUCUGCUAUCUGGAGCCCAAGGCGGCGUCGCUCGGCUCGUCUCUGGCGCAGGGCUUCCAGGACAGUUCAGACGACGAGACAGACAGCGAUCAAACCGACUUCACUUGUGAAGACGACACUUCGGCGACUGAGUCUGACUUUGAGGACAACUUUGACACGAGGACACAGAUGUCAGAGGAGGUCAAAGCCGAAGCUGAAGAUGUUCCAGUGAAGCCGGAGCAUGUGGCUGAUGGUGUGGAGAGUUCAGUUGUUCCGCAGGUACAGGUGCGCUGCGAGACAGCGCUGCAGAGACCAGAAGAGACCUCUACUGGUGAAAAAGAGAAGUAUAUGAAGGCCCUGAAUGAGGCCAUCACGAUUGGGAGACGCUCCACAUGGGCUUCAAGUGGAGAAGAAGAAGCAUUGGACAGCAGAAGCCGUGAAGGUGUGCAAGAUGCUGCAAAUGAAGACCUGCUCCAAAUAUGGGAUCAGAAACACCAAAGUAUUGAGGUUGAAGAUGAAAUCAAGGAAACUGCAAUGGAAACUCCAUCUGAAAGAGAAGAGACCAGCUCACAAACCCAAGAGAUUCCUGCUGGAGACCAAGAAGAUGAAGACAUUCUCCAAAUCUGGGAUCAGAAAUGUCAAAGUAUUGAGGAUGCAGAAGAAAUCAAGGAACCUGCAAUAGAAGAAACCAGCUCAGAAACCCACGAGAUUCCUGCUGGAACCCAAGAAGUGAUGUGCAAUGAAGAAGAUGACGAAGAUACGCUCCAAAUAUUGGAUCAGCAACACCAAAGUAUUGAGUCUGAAGAUGAAAAUAAGGAACCUGCAUUGGAAAGUCCAUCUGAGGGAGACGAAACCUACUUAGAAACCCAAGAGAUUCCUGCUGGAAACCAAGAAGAUGAAGACAUUGUCCAAAUCUGGGAUCAGAAACACCAAAUUAUUGAGGAUGAAGAUGAAAUAAAGGAAACUGCAAUAGAAGAAACCAGCUCAGAAACCCAAGAGAUUCCUGCUGGAAACCAAGAAGUGAUGUGCAAUGAAGAAGAUGACGAAGAUGCGCUCCAAAUAUUGGAUCAGCAACACCAAAGUAUUGAGUCUGAAGAUGAAAAUAAGGAAACUGCAAUAGAAGAAACCAGCUCAGAAAUCCAAGAGAUUCCUGUUGGAACCCAAGAAGUGAUGUGCCAUGAAGAAGAUGAAGACAUGCUCCAAAUCUUGGAUCAGAAACACCAAAACAUUGAGAUUGAAGAUGAAAACAAGGAACCUGUAUCGGAAAUGCCAUCUGAAGGAGAAGAAACCAACUUAGAAACCCAAGGAAACCAAGAAGAUAAAGACAUUCUCCAAACCUGGGAUCAGAAAUGCCAAAGUAUUGAGGAUGAAGAUGAUGAAAUCAUGGAAACGGCAAUGGAAACUCCAUUUGAAGGAGAAGAAACCAACUCGGAAACCCAAGAAAUUCCUGCAGGAAACCAAGAAGUGCUGUGCCAUGAAGAAGACAAAGACAUGCUCCAGAUGUUGGAUCAGAAACACCAAAAUAUUGAGUUUAAAGAUAAAAACAAGGAUCCUGCGAUGGAAGAAACCACCUCAGAAACCCAACAGCAGGAGAACCAUAGCAACAUCGAGAGUUUUGAUCAAGAACAUGUUGAAGAAGUGUUUGCAGACUCGUUUGAACGUUCUCAGCUCUUGUUCUUCAAGGAACCUGUGCGUGAAUCCAUCAGCAUCCAACCUCAAGAGAAGAUGAUCAACGUUAAAGACGAAGCAGGUUCUUCAUGUUCCUAUUUGAACGAGCAGCCAUGGUUUCAAACUAAAGUGCAUGAGCUGGAUCCUGGACCAAACGAGGAGAAGGAAGUAGCACAGGAAGUAGCACAGGAAGUGCAUGCACACAGUGCUUCUACAGCACCUCAUGUGGAGCAGUCGGAGGAAGCGGUUCAAGACGUUCCUGUGGUUCACACCGAGACCAAGACCAUCACGUACGAGUCUUCAGAGGUCAAUGCUGAUGGCGACUCGGAUCCAGGCGUCUUCAUGAGCGCUCAGACCAUCACAUCAGAGAACGACAGCAGCAGCACCACCACACACAUCACUAAGACGGUGAAGGACGGCAUUUCAGAGACUCGCAUCGAAAAGAGGAUCGUCAUCUCAGGAGACGCAGACAUCGACCACGAUCAGGCUCUGGCUCAGGCUAUUAAAGAGGCCAAAGAGCAGCACCCAGACAUGUCGGUCACUAAAGUAGUGGUUCAUAAAGAGACCGAGAUCCCUGCUGCUGACGGUGACGCGUGAAUCUCGCAGGAAUAAGAUCCAAACUUCCCCUUGAACUCAUCAGCUGAGAACCAGCACGUGACCUCUGACCUUUGACCUUUGACCUCAGACGUCAUCAACCCACCGGCUUCACCCUCGUCAAACCAAACCCGCGCUGAGAUGAUGGACUCGAAAACCAAAACGGGGAAAAUGAAAUUUCCAGGAAAAAAUCUUUGCCUUAAAAUAUCUGAUUUCUUCAAAUGAUUCGAAAUAGUAAUUUAUGCCACUCGGGUUUAUUUAUAGCGUAGCGUGAGUCUCACAGAAACACGUCCAGGUCAAAAUCAAACGGAUCCUUGCAGUGAAAUUUCAAGCUUUUCAAAACAAACCCAGCUGAAUUCAAACUCGUUUCUACUUGAAUCACACAAGUAUUUUUAUUGCAGUUGUUGUUUUUCUGGCACUAACUGAUUCUGCAUUAUUUGUGCAAAACGGCAAAAAAUGAGUAAAGAGCAAAAACGUUGUCCACUAUUUUAAGGGCUUUUGGUAACUUUGUAAAACAGCGGUUGGUUUGUUUGUUGGAGCGCUUUGGUUCCAUACUGAAACUCCCACAGAAAUCCCUCCGCCUGACCUUUGACCUCUUCCUAUAUCUGACCCUGAGAGGGGUCCACUGUUUUUAGAGCGUAACGGGACGGGAUUGAACCAGCGAAAAAGAGAGAUACAUGCAAUCGAUGUGAUUUGUUUUGAGUUUUUAUUUUGGAAUAAAAUAUUGUUGAAAUCGA